AUCAAAUCCAUCCACGUGUCCAAUUUCCAUUCGCUCCCACCUUUCACGCGUUUUAAACACGCGUGCCACAAAUCUUCAUUAAUUAAAAAAUGAAAAAAAAAAAAUCUAAAUUGGUUGAUUUUCAAGAAUAAAUAGUCCAACUUCCCGCAAUUGUUUCCUCUGUCAUCGCAACUAACUAACCCUCAUUUUCUCUCUCCUCUCAUUUUUCUUCUUAUUGGUACAAGAACCUCUAAAACAAGCCUAAACACACCCUAUUUUCAUUAUCCGAAAUUCGAUUUCUAGUACAAGGAUGGCGAUCAAGACCAACGGAUUCGUAGACGGUUCGCUACCCGAGGAAUUGAUGCAAAUUUUGGUGACAUUGGCAUCAACAUGGGAAGAUGUCAAUGACCCUAAUUACAUACAAGUAAAACGUUUAAGUGGUGCCAUGACUAAUGAAGUGUUUCAAAUUCUUUGGCCUAAUGAUAAAAAUGAUCUGAAUAGAAAAGUUUUGGUCAGAAUUUAUGGUGAAGGUGUCGAAGUCUUCUUCAAUCGAGACGAUGAAAUUCGUACGUUCGAAAGCUUGUCACACCACGGUCAAGGCCCUCGGCUUCUUGGCCGGUUCUCCGAUGGCCGCGUUGAAGAGUUCCUCCAUGCCAGGACUUUAACAGCAGAGGAUCUACGUGACCCUGAAAUAUCAUCUCUGAUUGCUGCCAAGAUGAGAGAAUUUCAUGGCCUUGAUAUGCCUGGCACUAAAACUGUCAUCCUAUGGAACAGACUGAGGCGUUGGCUGAGGAAGGCAAAGAGUUUAUGCUCACUUGCAGACAUCAAGGAGUACGGAUUAGAUACAUUAGACGACGAAAUUCAGCUCCUAGAAAAGGAGCUUACACAAGAUGAUCAAGAGAUUGGAUUUUGUCACAAUGACCUUCAAUAUGGCAACAUAAUGAUGGACGAAGAGACUAAAUUAGUCACUUUAAUUGACUAUGAGUACGCGAGUUAUAAUCCUAUUGCGUAUGAUCUUGCUAAUCACUUCUCUGAAAUGGCUGCCAAUUAUCAUACUGAUCAACCUCAUAUUUUGGACUACACUAAAUAUCCAGAUGAGGAAGAACGUCGAAGAUUUGUUGUUGCAUAUUUGAACUCAUCAGGUGAUGAUAUUUGUGAUAGUGAAGUGGAUAGCUUGCUCCAAAAUGCUGAAAAAUACUCACUAGCAAAUCAUAUAUUUUGGGGCUUGUGGGGAAUCAUCUCGGCCUAUGUGAACAAUAUCGACUUUGAUUACAAGGAGUAUGCGCGACAGAGGUUCCAACAGUACUGGCUAAGGAAGCCUCAACUCCUCGGUCCCUUUGCAGUACCUCGUGAUGACUGCGAAAAUGGUUUCUGAAACUUGCAGAACAUGAUACAGGGAUUAGCUUAUUCUUGAUGCCCAAAGUUUUGUAAAUUAAGCGCGGUGUAAAAUCGAAAUGUAAUGAUCUUCAAAAUGCAUCAGAUCACUUAAGCAUUGUGAUGCUGCUGCUGUAAAUUGUAAACGACCAAGUACUUGUUUGUACCUUGUCUCAAGAGUCUUAGAAUGUAUCUUCUAAUGACCCUGAUUAUGAGGAAACAGUACUUAUCUGGUUCGCCGAAGGAUCUGUGUUCUCGCAUUGCUGUAUACUUAUGAAAUCUACUAGUUUAACAAUCAUAUGUAAUUCAUUUUUAGCCUGCUAUAAAAUAUAGCUACUCAAAUUAAUGAAAAAAACUCAAGAUAUACAACACUA